AUGAGUUCUCCUUCCGACGACGGACAGUGUACGGAUACCGACAGAGAGGAAGAAUCGACUCAUGUUGCUGAAAGAAACGCUGCAGAAAGUGAAGAGACGCAGUCAAGAAAGACGUCCUCACGUGGUGAUGGUUCCAUUUCUGGUGGCAUUUUGAGUGAUGCAGACGCGGAAAAUAUUGAUGGCAAAGAGACGCAGUCAAGAAAAACGUCCUCACGUGGUGAUGGUUCGAUUUCUGGUGGCAUUUUGAGUGAUGCAGACGCGGAAAAUAUUGAUGGCAGUGAACACGAACAUGUGAUUUCGGAUGGUAGUGAGCAUGAAGAUGAAGAAAUGCGGUUACGAAGAAAAUUAUUAGAGAAACGAGCAGUGGCGGCAACCUCAUCAGGCAAUACGCUGGAACCGAGUUCACCACCAAUGCCAACUCGUGGCGAUGAAGUGGACAGAAGAUAUGAAAAACGAAAACAUGAUCGUUUGUUGUCGCCGCAAGCAGUGAAGAAAACAUCUCCGAAACGUAGUGCCGUGGAUGCCGUAAACGACGAUGAAGAGAUGUUCUCGAUGCAGCCGAAAGACGCGGCAACUAAAGACCGAGUUCAUUCAUCGAUAAGAUUAAGUGCUGAACGUGAACGGGAUCGAGAUCGAGAUCGUAGUGCUCGAACUGUUUUGGAUAGGACACACCGGCGUGAUGAACAGCGUCCAAGUAAGGAGGAACGGCACAGACGAAAGGAAAGAAAACGUGAGAAACACCAACAACAGCAACAAGAACAGCAACGUUUUAGGGAUAGGGAUCGGGAGAAAUACAAACGUGACUAUGAAAUACGUGAGACAUUAUCCGAAAUUUGUUUGGAGGAUCGUUCGCGACAUUCAUCAGGCAAGCAACUAGCGACUGGCGGUGUUCGGGAGUUUGUUCGUUUAGCGGGACGAGUUCAGAUGCCAGAGUCAAAAGCAGCUUUACCGCGUUCAUCCAGCGAAAAGAUUCGUAAGGAGAAGAGUGGUCGAGAGGUGGACAACAUAAAGGUGGAACGACACUCGAAAGAUGCAUAUCGGAUAAGAUCUCCACGCAAACGAGAUGCCUCCCCAAUCGCAUCAAAACAACGAAAUUCGAAACCUGAAAUGCCACCAGCGAAGAAGACACUCGUGGAACGACAAGAUGCACCAGUCAAAUCAGAGACCGCAUAUUCUGAUGGUGGUACUGCGAAUGUUAUAGAGACACAACCCGAGCAUAAAGUGAAGCUGGUUGUCACAGCAGUUGCGAAUAGUGCAAAGGAAAUUGACUCAGAUAAAGUGAAUGAUGUUCAGGAAGUGUCCAAAUCCGAUAACGAAGGCGAAAAAAAUAGCGUACGAAAAUCUGAUCAUGAACCGUCACCAUCGGGUGGGCCCUCAAAGUAUUCAAAGUUUGACAGUAGUCCUGAAGAAGAGGAGAAGUCAAAAGUGAUUGAAGAAAACCUAGCUAGCAACGCAAUAACGACCACAACCGAUUCCGAAGCAGAAAGUGAUGUGAUACUACGUGCUAGUGAUGAUGAGAUGGAGAGUGUAGGUGAGGAGGAGGAGUUCGACGAAGAGAAGCUUGCUCAGUACUCGCCUGAUACCAGAGAGAGGUUAGAAGCCGAGCAGCAACAGCGUUUGAUUGCAAAACUACCAGUCUAUUAUCCAGGAAUAAGUGGAUGUAGAAAUGUGGCCGAAUUCGAGUGUUUGAAUCGCAUCGAAGAGGGUACAUUUGGGGUAGUCUACAGAGCCAAGGAGAAAAAAACUGACGAAGUGGUAGCACUGAAGCGGUUGAAAAUGGAAAAAGAAAAAGAAGGUUUUCCGAUAACUUCAUUACGAGAGAUCAACAUGCUUUUGAAAGCUGGCAAUCAUCCUAAUAUUGUCAACGUCAGGGUACAAUUUUUCGAGAUUGUAGUUGGAUCGACUAUGGAUAAGAUUUAUUUGGUAAUGGAGUAUGUUGAGCACGAUAUGAAAAGUCUUAUGGAUUUGAUGCAUUCACGUAAAAAACAUUUCACAAUUGGUCAGGUGAAGACGCUGUUGCAUCAACUCUUGUCAGGUGUUGCUCAUAUGCAUGAUCAGUGGAUCCUUCAUCGUGACCUCAAAACGUCGAAUCUUUUAUUAUCACACAAAGGUAUCCUCAAGAUCGGCGACUUUGGUUUGGCUCGGGAAUUCGGCGAUCCAUUAAAAGCGUAUACUCCAAUUGUGGUUACGUUAUGGUAUCGUUCACCGGAAUUGUUACUCGGAGUGAAGGUUCUCUCUUUUACUGUUAAGGAAUAUUCGAAGUCGGUUGAUAUGUGGUCGUGUGGAUGUAUUUUUGCCGAAUUUCUCCGGUUAAAGCCACUUUUCCCGGGGAAAGGAGAACUCGAUCAAAUUAAUAAGAUAUUUCUGGAACUGGGUACGCCAAGUGAGAAAAUAUGGCCAGGCUAUAAUGAGUUGCCUGGUUCAAGAAAGAUGAAAUUCGAGCACCACGAAUACAAUCAGUUAUGGAAAAAAUUCCCAACGAAUGUGGUCGAUAAGAAAGGACUCGACUUUUUGAAUGAAUUGUUGCGGUAUGAUCCUCAGAAGCGCUUAACUGCGCAUCAAGCGUUGACGCAUAUCUGGUUCGAUGAGGAUCCACCACCAACACCACCUGAACUCUUCCCAACAUGGCCAGCAAAAAGCGAACUUGGUAGGGCUGUUGUCAAGAGCCCUAUCACUAAGGCACCAUCAAAUCCCAAAGAUAUCCAGGAUGCGAAAUUGUAUCGCGAGUUGAGAGUGGAACCACCCGCGAAAACAGCUUCAACUGGAUUUGCACUCAAAUUUGAUGCGGUCAAAUUUGGUGAUUGA